AUGACUACUGAAAAAAAAGAUUCUUCCUCAACGCCUGCAUCUCCACAUACAUCACAUAUCAGUGUUGAAGUAGUGGACCCUACUAUAAAGCAGGGUGAUAGCCAGAAGAUUUUGGAACGGAAGCUAAAGCGAAAACUGGAUAUACUCAUCCUUCCCCUCACAACAUUUCUCUACCUGUGCGCUCAUCUUGACCGUGGCAAUAUGGGCAAUGUCAAACUCCAAGGACUAAAGUCCGACAUCAUGGACGACUCGGAUACAAAGUAUUCCAUUGCUCUCACUUGCUUUUAUAUUGCGUACAUUACAUUCAAUGUUCCUGGCAACAUCAUGGCCAAGAUACUGCAACCAUCGAUUGCUAUAGGUAUAGCUGCUUUGAUUUGGGGAGUUGCUUCCUCUCUUCAAGCAGCCGUCUUCAAUUUUGCUGGCAUUGUUGUUUGUCGUAUCUUUAUUGGCAUUGGUGAAGCGUGUUUUGGCCCAGUUGUACCCCUAUACUACUCUAUCUGGUACAAACGAGACGAAAUUGCUCUUCGUAAUGCUCUUUUCAUCGGAUGCGGUGCACUAGCCGGAGCAUUCGGUGGACUCAUUGCUUAUGGAGUGUCAUUUGCAAAAGGCUCAAGUAUCGGGGCAUCGUGGAGAAUUCUCUUUCUGGUAGAAGGCUUACCUACUAUCGCACUAUCCGUACUCAUCUUUUUCUUCUUGCCCAGUCGACCUGAAACAAGCAAAUAUUUGACAGAAGAAGAACGAGAAAUCGCCGUUGCACGUCUUGCUGCCGAUCAGCACAAUCAAUCACACAAGAAAAAGUUUCAAUGGUCUGGUUUUCGACGUGCUGUCACAGAUUACAGGAGUUAUACAUAUGGUGUGAUUUAUCUCGGUGUUAAUCUCACAUUGAGUUCCAUUUCUGGCUUCUUACCAACCAUUAUUGUAUCGCUCGGUCACACAGAUGCAGAGGCUCAACUGUACUCGGUACCACCCUAUGCAUGUGCAGCUGUCUACAUGAUCAUCAUAUGUCGUCUUUCCGAUCGACUUCGUUGUCAUGGUUUGUUUGUUGCUGGUACGAUGUUACUUUCUUGUGUAGGAUGGAUCAUUCUCCUCACUGUCACCACGAAUCAACAUGCACGGUACUUUGCAACAUUCAUCGUCGUCAUGGGAGCUUUCACUGCUGUUCCAUUGAUGCUUAGUUGGAUCUCAAAGAACACACCUAACGAAUCUCAGCGAGCUGUCCAACUAGGCAUACUCAAUGCAAUUGGUCAAUGUUUUUCGAUCCUUGCCGCAUUUAUCUUUCCGACGAGUGAUCGUCCAUACUGGAAGCUGGGAUUUGGACUGAACUUGGCAUUCAAUGGUUUGUCUGCCAUUCUUGCUGCUAUACUCUACUGUCUCCUUCGUUACGAAAAUGCUCGCCGUGACAGACUAGCAGAAUCGAACAAUGCAGAGACAACUGAUCCAUCUACCACUGUAACUACUGAUCUGGCUCCUACUUUUCGCUACAUACCGUGA